AGGCGCCAUUUGAACUCUGCGGAGUUUGUUUUGAUGGAGCUCGACGUACUGGAAAUUUGUAAACAAUAACGAAUGCGGCCACUUGAAAGAUAGUAGUCUAACGACAAGGUAAACGAUGGACGAAAUCAACCUCCAUUACCGCUUUAUGAACUGGAGGCGGAGGAUACGGGAGGUGCGGGCCGUGCGGUACCGCGAGCGGUUCAAGAGGAUGAUGAGGGAUGGAGAAGUGCUCAGUUACCAAGGGAACUCUGAUGAAGUUGGCUGCUACGUGGCUCCAAGGCCGUUAUCCAAAGGAAACUGCUACUUUGAGGCUGUACAAUGGGAACACUAUUGGACAGCAGUUUGGUUCCAAGUGUAACCGUGGCGAUCGUAUUGGCUGUGGGAUCUAUCUAGAGGCAUUCGAGGAUGGACAAACGACGGUCUUCUUCACCAAAAAUGGAAAAGAAUUGGGCACGGUGGUGGUCCUAGCGUCUCCAGAGGCGCUCUGCCCGGCCGUGGGGAUGCACUCCCUGGGGGAGGAGGUGCAGCUGGACCUGCAAGUGGAGUGGGGGAUGGAGAAGGAAGACGGACUGAUGAUAGUGGACAGCCACGAGGACGAGUGGAGGCGUCUCCAUGACGUCAGGGUCACCGGCUCGUUGUUGGAGUACGUGGGUAAAAGGAAAAGCAUCGUGGAUGUGGGUUUGGCCCAGGCCUGUCUACCCCUCAACACACGCUGCCACUACUAUGAGCUGGAGAUCACUGAUGCAGGAGAGAAGUGCUACAUCGCCCUGGGACUGGCACGCAGGGAUUACCCCAAAAACAGACACCCUGGCUGGAGCAGGGGCUCCAUAGCCUAUCAUGCAGAUGAUGGGAAGCUCUUCCAGGGUAGUGGGGUGGGGGACGCCUUUGGCCCUCGCUGUUUUGAGGGGGACGUCAUGGGCUGUGGCAUCAUGUUCCCACGGGACUACAUCCUGGACAGUGGAGAUGACAGUGACGACGGGGACUCGGAGUUGCAGCCUAAGCAGCGGCGUGUCCAGAACGACCUCUAUAUGAACGACGAGGAGGAGGAUGGGGAGGAAGGUCGUGGUGUUCUUCACACGGAAUGGGAAGGUGGUGGGCCGCAAGGAGGUGGCAGUGCCAGCAGGGGGGUUCUAUCCUACCAUCGGCAUGAUGAGCACCGGGGAAAAGGUCAGGGUGGACCUGCACCCCCUAAGCGGGUGAGAGGAGAGGGGGAGGAUGGAGUGAAGAGAGCAGGGACAUGACCAGAGAGAAGUGGCUCCAACACAGACAGACACACACACACACACACACCACAAACUCGGAGGACAGGGCCAGCUCCAGGCAUAAGCGGUCGCUUAUGGCUCCAAGCCACUAGGGGGCCCCCCCAAAAAAUGUGGUUGUGCAUCAGCAAUUUUCCUCUUGGUAUGUCAGUCACUGACAGUCACUCAAUUAACCAUGUCAGCUAACUAUUUUUAGAUUGGUAAAUUAUUCUUGCCAGCUAUCUAAACUUGUAGUAAAUAUGGUCAAAUACUGACAGGUCACGCAGGAUGCAUGCCCAGGGCCCAUUGCUUUUGUUAGUCACUUUCACUCAGAUAUCAUUAACAUGGCAAAAUGUGAAGAAUUACAGGAAAUUAACUUUAAAACAGAAAAAAAAAAUCUGCCCCAUGGCAAAAUGGGCAGAAUUGGCCAACAAAAUUUCGCUUAGGGCCCCAAAAGGCUAGAGGCCCUGUCGGGAGGAUGACGCUAGACCAAUAUGGGAGUUUGUUUGGAGUCGUCACAGUGCAGUAUCCCUCUUCUUCACAUCACUCCUGGAUCCAGCAUGUUGUCUGGGAAGUCCCACCUCAGUUUAGUUUACUCUGGGUUGACUCCUAUCAGUAGAGGAAACUCAUGCUACUAGAUAGUAUGAAGAUUAAUAUUAUUCAAAGCUGAUAUGUCAAGACUAUACUGUAUGGGUGCCUCAAAGUGCUUACUUUUAUCAUGUCAAUAAAAAAUGCUAGAACCAGUUUAAAGAGAUGCUGGACCAAUCCCAGGUCUUUAGCAACAAUCAUUCAAGUCAAGUCUUAUUAGUUCAACUAUAUUUUGAGAUUAUUAAAGGAAUGUAUUCAAAAUGCUGAAAAAAUUUAACCCACAGACAAGAAAUACAACUCUCGGGUAUGCCAAAAUCCAAAUGACUAUAACUAGGAUGUUGUGUUAUGUCAUUUUUUUCUAAGACUAUGAUAAUGCCAUAUCAUUUUAUCACGAGCACUUUAUUGUAGAUAUACUGUAUUAUGAUGCAUUACUACAGGCAUUUGAGGUUCAUUUAUAUUGUGGAAUGACAGGUUAAAUGAAAAACUUAAUCAAGAUCUGCCUUUCUAGACCAUUUUAAUUUGUUUUGAUUAAUCUUCUGUAAUAUCAGAACUGUACUCAAGCAAUGUGCUGAUUGAUUGUAUUUUAUGAUUUAAAAAACUGAAGAUCAUGCACUAACUGUUCCUGACCGAGUGUCAUUUGAUUUCAUAUUAGGUUCAUUUAAUCAUUGAUAUGAAUGUAUGUGUCACCUCUAAAUUGUGCACUUGUAUGCAAUGAUUAUAAAUAAAGAUGAGUAUCUA